AUGUCCGAUGCCGCCUGUUGCUGGGACGGUAAGCGCUUGUUGAGAUACCAUGGCCAAAUCGAGACCGCCAUGACGGAAUGUCUCGAGGUUACAACAACCGUGUACGCCUACGCCCCGGGCGUAUCUUGGGUCAUUUCUGGUCAAUACCCCGUGAGAGGCAUCUACGAAACCAGACAGUUUCCCCUUAUCCCUCUUACCCAUAUCAACUUCAACACAAUCAUGUCUACCCUCAUCUCAGCAGACAACGAGUGGUCCCCGCUCAAGGCAGUCAUUGUUGGCAGAGCAGAGCACUCGGCAUUCCCGUCUGAGCCACGCGCGGUCUUCGAGGCGAGCAUGCCCGCAGAGCAUGUGGACGAGUUCAGGCCGAGAAACCCGUUCCCCGCGGACAUUGUCGCCAAAGCCCAGGAGGAGCUGGACAACUUGGCCUCUGUGCUCCAGCAGCACGGCGUCAAGGUCUACCGCCCGGACGAGGUGGACUGGCUCAAGGUGGGCGGCUACACGGGUUCGAUGCCCCGCGACACCUUGAUGACGGUGGGCAACACGCUCAUCGAGUCCCCCUUUGCCUGGGCCUGCCGCCGGCGCGAGGUCGAGCUCGGAUACUCGAGCAUCUUGCGUGAGCUGUCGUCGGGCGCCGGAGCCGCCCGCAUCUGCCGCGCGCCCACCAUCAUCGGCAAGGACACCAUCUAUGACCGGUCUGUGAUUGACGGCACGCGCAGCGCUGCCUCCUCCAACGGCAGUCCCAGCUGGUCCAUCAACAAUACGCGCCCGGCGACGGACGUGGCCGACUUUAUGCGGCUGGGCAAGACCAUCGUCGGGCAGCUGAGCCACGUCACCAACAUGAAGGGCAUCGAGUACCUCCGCGCCCAGGUGCCCGACGGCUACUCGGUCGAGGUGCUUCGCACGACCGACGACCACGCCAUGCACAUUGACACGACGAUACUGCCCCUGCGUCACGGCCUGGCCGUGUACAACCCGGAGCGCGUGUCCGAGGACGAGCUGCGGAGGCACGCCGUCUUUGCCGGCUGGGAUCUGCGUCCGUACCCCUUCAAGCCGAAGCCCCGAGGUCCAUCGAGUCCGCCCAUGUACAUGUGCUCGCCGUGGCUGGUGCUCAACGCACUUAGCCUCAACGAGAAGCAAAUAUUCGUAGAGGAGCAAGAUGUUGAGUUUGCCAACUGGCUGCGGGACGAGUUCGGAAUGGAGCCUAUUAUGCUGCCGUUUCAGCAUGUGAACAGCCUCGGAGGUUCGUUUCACUGCGCCACGGUGGAUUUGGUGCGCGAGUAG